AUGUCGUCUGACUCAGAAUCAGACGCGCCCCAGGCAAUCACUCUGGCGAAGUCGAAAAAUACUGCACGAGGACGUCAGCGUGACAUCGAAACGUUUCGUGCAGCGGAGAAAUCUAAGUUGAAGGAGAGAAACAGGUUGAGGGAUAGGCAUCUCAAGGAACGGGCCGUUAUCCGUGGAGGGACCAAGGGAAAGGAGCGUCUCGUCAAGGAGGCAGGAAGCAACACGCAUGAGCAUAGUGAGGAGGGUAAAUGGGAUAAGGAUCACAGCAGGUUGGAGGCGAGAAUGGCUAGGGCGGUGGAUGAGGCUGAAGGCGAGUUGGACGAGAGUGAGGAAGAGGGCGAGUCAGGUAUGGCAGAAGAGGACGACGAAGAUGUUGGGUCGGAACACGGCAUUGACGAAGAAGAUGGAACCGAGGAGGGUGGAAGCGAAAGUGCUAAUGACUUGGACGAAGACCAGGAGCUUGUGCCAUCCGACAAUAACAAAGAGGUAUCCAGUGAGGAAGAUGCGUUUAUGGAUUCCGAGCAAGAGUACACACUACCUCCUAGCUCUAAAUAUCUCCCAGACCACCUCUUUACAUCCGCCUUCGCAAAAUCAUCACCCGCGCUUCGCACAUCUUCACAAACAAAACCGACAAACACCCAAAAGGCACUCAAAAAGCGAAAACGGGUCAACAACAAGCCAAAAGAUGUCGUUCUUGGAACACGGACAAUCCGUGUUCUGCCUUCAAAUAAGAUACACACAGAUUCAUACACAUCCAUUCGGGGUACGGUUGCCCCUCCAGUGCGAAUUGACCGCUUUUUGUCUCGCGCUCUGGCUUUGAAGGGCGGCAAAAAGGCUCAGGGAUGGGGGCGUAAGCCAGCAAACGUCGGUGUAUUCCGGAGGGAUAGCGGUGCACCUAUUGCAGGCUUUGUACGUUCUCGUUGA